CAGCUGAGCUCGGGAGCAGAGGCCCGUGCCAGCCUGAAGAGUGGGACUCCGGGGGCGCCGCGGGGUUCUGCGCUGCCUGGCGCUCCCCAGGCCGUUACCCGAGUCUCGCUCGCGCGGGCAGCGCCUCUCAAGCCACCCCCGAGAGCUCAUCGGACCGCAGCGCGGCCGUUCAAACUGGCGAGUGUGCGCCUCUCAGGGUUCCCGGAUUCCAGGGCUACUUGGGCGCAGAGCCGUGAAAGAGUCUCAGUCCCCAGGCGCCCAGCUUUCGAGUGACCGCCCUCUUACGCCCGUCGGCCUGAGCCACCGUUUCUCCAGCUGGGCUCCCCAGCCCUAGCCUGCAGCCGCCCUCGCCCCGGUCCAUCUUUCCAGGAUCUGACUGCGCCGCGUAUAAGCCUCUGAAGUGCUCGGGCUCCCAGGAGGAGUCCUGACCGCAAACCCAAAAGUAGCUGAGACUGCUGCUCUGCUCCAGUAAUUCAAGUGACUCAAGGAUGACCGCAUAGAACUGGAAAAUUAUUUGUUUAUGAUUCUUCCGCCGGAAUACAGCUGCCGUGAAGUUUCCUUCCCUGACCGUUGUUCUGAGCUGUAUUCCCCGUGUCCAGCUACAGUGCUUGGAUGUGAUCUUCGUGGUGGGAAGCUCAGUUUUUAAACUACCCCAAUGGAUGCAGACAGUGAUGUUGCAUUGGACAUUCUAAUUACAAAUGUAGUCUGUGUUUUUAGAACAAGAUGCCAUUUGAACUUAAGGAAGAUUGCUUUGGAGGGAGCAAAUGUAAUUUAUAAGCGUGAUGUUGGAAAAGUAUUAAUGAAGCUUAGAAAACCUAGAAUCACAGCUACAAUUUGGUCCUCAGGAAAAAUUAUUUGCACUGGAGCAACAAGUGAAGAAGAAGCAAAAUUUGGUGCCAGACGUUUAGCCCGCAGUCUGCAGAAACUAGGUUUUCAGGUAAUAUUUACAGAUUUUAAGGUCGUUAACGUUUUGGCGGUGUGUAAUAUGCCAUUUGAAAUCCGUUUGCCAGAAUUCACAAAGAACAAUAGACCUCAUGCCAGUUAUGAACCUGAACUUCAUCCUGCUGUGUGCUAUCGGAUAAAAUCUCUAAGAGCUACAUUACAGAUUUUUUCAACGGGAAGUAUCACAGUAACAGGGCCCAACGUAAAGGCUGUUGCUACCGCUGUGGAACAGAUUUACCCGUUUGUGUUUGAAAGCAGGAAAGAAAUUUUAUAAUUCAUCGCUUAAUUGGUUAGAAUCCCUAACUGAGCACCUUUUAAAACCUGCUGCACAUUGGACUCAAAACAAAAGGAAAACUGGACCAACAGUAAUUGAGGAAAUAGACUCUUUUAUUCAUUCACGGCUACAGUGUAAGCUCCAGGCCCUUUGGAUUUUAUUUCAGACCUUGCUGUAAUAUAAAAAGGAAGUUUACAAGACAUGACAUUGCUGCUUUUACAAAAGGACAUUCUAUUUAUUUUCGCAGUAAUUCUCAUGUCCCCGUAAGCAGAGCUGUCACAGUGUGCACUACCUUAAAUUGUUCUGUUGUUGUCAUUAGUUUUUUCCAGUUUGAGCUAAUGUGUUUUAUUUGUGAAUAGUCUUUUACAUUUUUGUAUGCUGAAUAUGGGCACCAAAGAACCUGUAAAAGUUAUCUUUUUCAAUUGAAUGUGCACAAAUAAAAGUUUGGAAAAGA